AUGUUGUCACUACCGACCGCCGAUGAGAAAUCGGCAAUGAGAGAUAGUGUCGACUCCGAGGUCAAUUCUCUGCAGUCGCGUAGCUACGAGCAAUAUGAGGGGAUCACCACGUCCAAUACCCAAGGCGGGAUAUCUAUGCGGUCUGGAGUCGAUGUCGAAAAAGCCGAGGAGGACUUCUCCGACCUGAACAAGCAAUUUUCCAACAUCUCGCACCAAGCACGCCGGUUGUCAAGACAUGCUUCGCGAGCCUCAAAGCCUGCGGCCAACAACGAGGAUGAGACGGCUCUGCGCGGUAAUCGAGCUGCCGAGGAAGAGGCUGGCAUUAAAGAUAAACAAAUUGGUGUCAUCUGGAACAACCUCACGGUCCGUGGAAUGGGCGGUAUGAAGACCUUCAUCAAGACCUUCCCAGACGCAAUAAUCGACUUCUUCAACGUCCCAGAGACGCUCAUGCACAUGUUUGGCUACGGGAAAAAGGGAACCGAGUUUAAAAUCCUGGAAGGGUUCCGCGGUCUCACACGACCUAGUGAAAUGGUGCUGGUCCUAGGAAGACCAGGAUCUGGAUGUACUUCUUUUCUCAAAGUGAUCGCAAACCAACGCUUCGGCUUCACUGGCGUUGAUGGAGAGGUCCUGUACGGUCCUUUUGAAUCCGAGACAUUUGCCAAGAGAUUCCGUGGUGAAGCCGUAUAUAACCAGGAAGAUGAUAUUCAUCAGGCGACUCUCACAGUGGAACAGACACUUGGAUUUGCACUGGAUACAAAGACUCCUGGCAAGCGUCCCUAUGGCGUAUCAAAGGCUGAAUUCAAGGAGAAAGUGAUCAAAAUGCUCCUUCGAAUGUUCAACAUCGAGCAUACUGCCAAGACUGUCAUUGGCAAUCAAUUCAUUCGCGGUGUUAGUGGUGGAGAGAAGAGACGUGUCAGUAUCGCGGAGAUGAUGAUUACUUCAGGAACUGUGUUGGCGUGGGACAACAGCACACGCGGCCUCGAUGCCUCGACUGCUCUCGACUUCGCCAAGUCCCUUCGAAUCAUGACCAACAUUUACAAAACCACGACUUUUGUGUCUCUCUAUCAGGCCUCGGAAAAUAUCUACAAACAGUUUGAUAAAGUGCUUCUCAUAGACAGCGGUCGUCAAGUCUUCUUCGGCCCUUCGACUGAGGCUCGAGCCUACUUUGAAGGCCUUGGAUACCGAGAGAAACCUCGGCAAACCACCCCAGACUACCUCACCGGCUGCACAGACCCGUUUGAGAGGGAAUUCCGGGAUGGGAGGGAUGCUGAGAAUGUUCCCUCCACACCAGAAGCACUCGUGCAAGCCUUCGAGCAAUCGGCCCUCAGCAAAAGACUCGACGAGGAAAUGCAAACGUACAGAGCCGAGGUUCAGCAGCAAAAGCAGAUCUACGAUGACUUUGAGAUUGCGAACCGGGAGGCCAAGCGAAAGUUCACACCCAAGUCUUCGGUGUACUCCAUUCCUUUCCACCUGCAGAUUUGGGCAUUAAUGCAACGGCAGUUCUUACUCAAAUGGCAAGACAAAUUCGCUCUAACAGUCUCAUGGAUGACUUCGACAGGCAUCGCCAUUAUCCUAGGUACCGUGUGGCUCAAUCAACCAAAGACGAGUGCCGGUGCGUUCACUAGAGGUGGUCUUCUAUUUAUUAGCAUGCUAUUUAAUGGCUUCCAAGCCUUUUCUGAGCUCGCUUCUACGAUGAUGGGUCGUGCGAUUGUCAACAAGCACCGAUCAUUUACGUUUUACCGGCCUAGUGCGCUGUUCAUUGCCCAGAUUCUCGUCGACACCACCUUUGCGAUGGCAAAAAUUCUUAUCUUCAGCAUCAUCGUUUAUUUCAUGUGUGGCCUAGCCCUUGACGCCGGUGCAUUCUUCAUCUUUGUCUUGAUCAUUCUCACAGGCUACGUAUGCAUGACUGUCAUCUUCCGCUCGCUCGGAUGUGUCAGUCCCGACUUUGACUACGCGAUGAAAUUCGCCGCUGUGAUCAUUACUCUUUUUGUCAUCACAUCCGGAUACCUCAUUCAAUGGAGUGGUGCACAGGUUUGGCUGAGAUGGAUCUAUUACAUCAAUCCAUUUGGUCUUGGCUUUGCUUCGCUAAUGGUCAACGAGUUCAGUCGACUCACAAUGACAUGCGUUUCCACUUCCCUAGUGCCAAAUGGUCCAGGCUAUGACGAUAUUGCUCAUCAAGCUUGCACACUUGCUGGCGGCGAAGCUGGGUCAGACGUCAUCCCCGGCCUCAGCUAUGUGGAAAAGACUUUCAGCUAUUAUUACGGUGAUUUAUGGCGCAAUUUUGGUAUCAUGCUAGCUCUGAUUGCUGGAUUCCUCGGUACAAAUCUCUACUUUGGAGAAACGAUCCAGUUCGGCGCCGGUGGCAAGACAAUCACAUUCUACCAGAAGGAGAACAAGGAGCGCAAGAAGCUCAACAAGGCCUUAGAGAUGAAGAGGGCCAAUCGCCAGUCAAAAAAUGUGGCGGCAGGCUCUGAUCUCAAGAUCACCUCAACGUCAGUCUUCACCUGGGAAAACGUCUGCUACGAGGUCCCGGUCGCUUCGGGCAAACGACAGCUGCUAAAUUCCGUUUACGGCUACGUCCAACCAGGGAAAUUGACGGCCUUGAUGGGGGCAUCUGGUGCAGGUAAAACCACAUUGUUGGAUGUUUUGGCGUCAAGGAAGAAUAUUGGCGUAGUUAGUGGUGAAAUCCUCGUUGAUGGGAAGGCUCCUGGUACUUCAUUCCAACGAGGUACGUCUUACGCUGAACAACAGGAUACCCAUGAAGCCAUGCAGACUGUUCGUGAGGCACUGCGAUUUUCUGCAGACCUUCGUCAACCAUUUGAGACGCCGCAAUCUGAAAAGUACGAAUACGUUGAAGAGAUUAUCAGCCUCCUUGAACUCGAGAAUCUUGCCGAUGCGAUCAUUGGAACACCGGAGACUGGCCUUUCGGUUGAAGAGAGAAAGAGAGUCACGAUCGGUGUUGAGUUGGCCGCCAAACCAGAGCUUUUACUGUUCUUGGAUGAACCUACCUCUGGACUGGACAGUCAGUCUGCUUUCAAUAUUGUUCGGUUUUUAAAGAAACUUGCAGCGGCAGGCCAGGCCAUUCUUUGCACAAUCCACCAGCCCAACUCCGCUCUUUUCACAUCCUUUGAUCGACUACUUCUUCUCCAGAGAGGCGGAGAAUGCAUCUAUUUUGGUGAUAUUGGUCUGGACUCACACAUCCUGCAAGAUUACUUCCGCCGUAAUGGUGCCGACUGUCCGCCAGAAGCCAAUCCAGCUGAGUGGAUGCUGGAUGCCAUUGGCGCUGGACAGACACGCCGGAUCGGUGAUAGAGACUGGGGAGAAAUUUGGCGUACAUCUCCAGAGCUAGAGAUGUUGAAGGAAGAAAUCGUCUCCAUCAAGGAGUCCCGCAUACAAAUUGUCCGUCGGAACUCAGAUCCAAACUUGAGAAUGGUUGAGAAAGAGUAUGCGUCGCCCCUGUGGCAUCAGAUCAAGGUCGUGGGCCGACGAACUCAUUUGGCAUUCUGGCGGUCUCGUAAUUACGGAUUCACUAGACUUUUCACGCACGUCGUGAUUGCCCUUCUCAGUGGUCUUGCAUAUCUGCAGCUCGACGACUCUCGCUCUUCGCUGCAGUAUCGUAUUUUUGUCAUUUUCAACGUGACCGUCCUGCCCGCGAUCAUCUUGCAGCAAGUGGAGCCUCGAUACGAUCUAUCCAGAUUGAUUUUCUACCGCGAAUCUGCUUCUAAGACAUACAGUCAAUCUGCAUUUGCCAUUUCUAUGGUCUCUGCAGAGCUACCAUACAGCAUUCUCUGCGCUGUCUGCUUCUUCCUACCGCUCUAUUACAUUCCCGGCUUCCAAAGCGAGAGCAGCAGAGCCGGUUACCAGUUCCUCAUGGUCCUCAUCACAGAGCUGUUUGCCGUAACUCUCGGCCAAAUGAUCUCAGCUCUUACUCCCAAUAGCUUCAUCGCGUCCCAGUUUAACCCGCCGAUCGUCAUUAUCUUCUCCUUGUUCUGUGGUGUUUCAAUCCCAAAGCCCCAGAUGCCGAAGUUUUGGCGAUCCUGGCUCUAUCAACUUGACCCUCUCACCCGCCUGGUCGGUGGCAUGGUCGUGACGGAGCUUCAUGGGCGGAAUGUGACAUGCACCAGUUCUGAAUACAAUCACUUCCAGGCACCGGCCAACGAAACUUGUGGUGACUACAUGCAGCCUUUCUUUGAGCGCGGUGGUGCAGGGUAUCUCUUGGAUAAUGCGACCCAAGCGUGCGAGUACUGUGCCUAUAAGGUCGGAGAUCAAUUUUAUUCGACGUUUGGCAUGGACUUCGACCACCGCUGGCGCGACUUGGGUAUUUUCAUCGCUUUUAUUGGGUCUAAUUUGAUUAUUCUCUUCCUAGCGUCGCGAUUCCUCAACUUCAAUAGAAGAUAG